UGACCCCGGAAGUGGAACCUCCGGUAUGAGAUAACGGGUCAGGCCCAGAGUUUUGACAGGACAAAAAUGCCGGUGUCCUGACGCACGGUCCCGCUAUAAAUACACAGCGAUCCCUUUGCAUAGCAGGCCGAAUUUGGCACAGACGCUUAGCGCUUCAACCCAGCACCAGAUUUCUGAACUAUACCCCGUAAUUUGACCAAAAAUCAAACAGCGGAGAGACCAGAAAGAAGACUUCCUGUCGUCUGCGGGUGUUUGACAGCUUCCCGCGCAUGCUGGAAUAUUUCGGUCAGUUCUUGAGGUCUUUUGUGGGCAUAUAUCAACCCCUCAACAUAGACUCACAUUUCACACGCCCAGUCUGUAGUAACAACCGCCUACAAGGAUGUCUGGAGGAAUUUUCCAGCCUCUCGGAUCCCUACAGGACUUGGACGGCCCUACCCGGGACCCGAUGUGGUGCUACCUUUGUAACGAGAGGUUUGAGGAACCCUGUCUUCUAGACUGUUUCCACGCUUUCUGUGCUCAGUGCCUGCGAGGGAGAGCCAGCGAAGGCCUCAUCUCCUGUCCCAUCUGCAGUUCUCCCACUAAACUCACGGAAGGAGCCGCCCUUCCCCCUGUCGACCCCAUCCUCAAGUUCCUAGUGGAGGUGCAUGGGACUGAAGAGAAGGUAUUCUGUGCCAACUGUGACAGAGAAGCCUCACACAAGGACUGCGGGCCGAUGUGCUUCUGUAAUACCUGUAGCCAGCCCCUUUGUACGCAGUGCAAGGAGACGACGCACAGCGCCAAGAUGUUCUCCAAACACGACGUCGUGCAGCUGAACAACGUGCGUCGACUCAAGGAGACGGUUAAGAAGUGCGUUCAGCACGGAGAACCGUACAUCAUGUUCUCUCUCAAGAAACGCGACCUCCUGUGCAUCAUGUGUUUCCGUGACACCUCCGUGGAGGACAGAGCUCACUGUAUCGACUUGGAGACCGCGUACAAGAACGGGUGCGAGACUCUCGAACAAGCCGUCCUGUCCGUUCAGGAUCUGCAAAGCUCUGUCCGAGACUCCAUCAUCCUACUACGUGCACUCGGCGAGGAAGUUAAGUCCAAUGCUCAACAAGAACAAGAAGAUAUCAAGACCCUCUUUGAAGACAUGCAGGACAAGUUGGGUGAAAGAAAGGAAGAACUCGUUGAAGCGGUUGACACGCAGUACCAAGAAAAGUCAAAAGCCUUCAAGAACCAGUUGAACACGCUAGCCGCUCUGCUCCCCACAUUGCAAGUCAACAUUUCCAGUAGCAAGACUUUCUCCCUAACAGCCAACAAGUACGACUUCCUAGAUCUGGGGUUUGUUUUGAUUGACAGGUUGAUGGCUAUCGUGCACUUGCCGCACCAGCUCAGCCCCACGACCAGCAGUAACAUAAAUUGCGACCACCAGGUGGAAUUUGCCCGUUGUCUCGAACCUCUCCUUGGGAACGGACUCGCCUUCAGGUCUUCAAAAACAAACGGACACGUACCAGGCAGCUUGGGAACGUCAGCAAAUGGAGAAGGUGAUCAUACGAGGAACAAUGAAGAUGGAACUGUUGAUAGUCUAGCGGAGAAGUGUAGGACAACUGCCAUGCAUUUGAACUCCGCCCUUACUGGCCUUAGUAUAUGCCACGGCAAGUAUUUCAAUGCCAACAGCUGCAAGGUGUUUGUGGACGAGUCUGGACCCUUUGCGGAGCACAGCAGGAACUAUGACGCAAACUACAAGAUUCUGAACGACAGGGUGAAGAAGUUGAAGAAGGAUAUCCAGGAGCUCCACAGAGAUCUUACACAGCGGCGCUGCCUGACACGGGAGCAGAAGGUCACGAACUUGAUGGAAGAGUGUGGCCAGGUGGACUUCACCAUCUCUACCCAGUACACGGCUGUGGAACAGAUGCAGUCUGUGUUUCAGAAGUGGUGGGAGGAGUGUUUCCAGAGGGUCACCCAUGAGCAGGAGAUGUACCAAGCACAGCUGAAGGAUUUGAUGAGACUUAAACAGGAGACACAACAUUGUACCACCAUAGCCAGACAGAUUGCACCUUUUGUAAAGUCAAUAGCAGCGGUGAAAGAGAGGAUUGACCCGAGGUUGGGAGCUGCACUGCGAAGUGAAGACCACGAAGGCUGCAUGCACGCCAUACUGGAACAGAUCAACACGAUGGAGCCGAAUUCGCAGCAGCGCGUUGACGCCAUCAGAACUGCGGAGGAGUCUCGUGACCAGGCCUUGCAGAGCGAAGCCAGUCGUCCAAACCCACUGGAGGACAGUCUGAUCAAGACGAAAUGUACGCUAAAGCCGCCUAAAAUUCUCCCAGAAAAGAGCCCAAAAGAAGACAGUAAGGAUGUAGUAACUGAUACUACAAAAGAAGUCCAACCACAUGGCAGCAAAGAUGACCAGCCGACCACUAGUAGUAGUAGUACUGUUCCCAAGCCAGAAGAGAAGACUAAGAAGGAGUCUGCUGACAAGAAAGAUUUGCUCCUGAAGACGGGAGCUCUUCUAAGGAAAGACGAAAAUCUGAAAAUUGGCAUCCCACUGAUUUGCAAAGAGGAACUCGCCAAAGCAGCGGCUGCUGCCGCCCUGAAGAAAGAAGAGAGUAAAAGAGAAGAAAGUAGCAAGACUGCAGGUCAGACACCAUCUAAAGAGGAACACAACAAGCACACAACUGCUACAACUGCCAAGAAAGAAAAAGAAGGAGCGAGCAAAGGUGAUGCGGAGAAGACUCAGGUGAUGUCUAAGGAAGACCUUGCCAAAGCUGCGGCAUCUGUUGCACUAAAGAUGGAAGAAAACCACAAAAUUGAGAAAGAGAUUUGCAAGGCAUGAACCCGCAAGCUUUAGAAUUGCUAUCAAAUACAUGUACAAACUACAGAAGUUGAAACUGAACAUGUUCUCAUAGCAAACUCCAAAACUCAAGCAGAUGUGGUAACAGAUAGUGUGCAUGUUAACACUUGGGCCAUCAGUUCAGUUCAUCCUCAGAGAGGUGGCACUAGGAUUAGGCCAUAGCAAUACAAAGCCACUUAGUAAAACAAUAAUGUAUUGAAAUGUAACUUUCUAACCUGGUAUCCUAACCUAUUAUUGCUGCCAAGUCUCUUGAUCAUCUCUCACAAAUAGAGAGAGAGAGAGGGGACGAAGAGACUUGACUUGCAGCUAUAAUAGGUUUGGAUACCUGGUUGUAACUUGUUGCCCACUUAAAGCCAGUAUUGUUGUAGAAGCAAGGUCUCCUUGACUACCUCUGUCUCUCUAUGUAGUUUUACACAUAAUCAGACUGCAUAUGGUAGAUGUUAGUUCUCGACUAUAGUGUAUCAUCUAUGCAACAAAGUGAAUUCAAUGUUCUCGGCUGAAAUUCCAUGAUAUUUGAAACUUUGUGUGCUUCCAGAUUAGUUCAUACCACAUUCUCUGUCAAUCUGUCAUUAUGAGUAGAUCUACAUUUGUAGUUGGUACUGAGGAGGUUAUAGGGUGGUACUUAUAGCAGGGCUCAAAAUACCAGUUGUAGAUGUAGACUAGUGCAGGUACGACCAUACAACAAGAGUUCUGUAGGUAUUUCUGACUGCAAUUGGCACUGAUAAAACCAGCCCGUAACGCUAGGGAACAUAAACUUUCAUUUAUUGUGUUGCAUUAUUGAUAGCUGCAUCCUUGAAUAUAGGAACAGUUUUAAAAAUAUUGUUUAAUGCACUGAAAGGCAAAGAAAAUUAACAAUGAUGGUUCAGGUAAACCAUGUCAGAUGCAAGUCAUAGACCAACCCAGACUGUCCAUCACAGUUCAGCUAGCGCUAGUAAGAAAAUGUCUGCAUUUCCAUCAAAUAUUUGUAUUUUGUUUAGUUUUCCAUCUAUACAUUUUGACAGAGAUGAGCAGGGUUGCAAGUUACCUACACCAGUGCAGGGAUACAGAAGGAGUAUUUUGAGCCUUGAUUAAGAUAUUCAGUGCAAAGCAUGACACUGGCAUUGACAUUGACCUUGGUAUGUAGGAAAUCCCAUGGUAGAAAGGGGGUGUUUGCUGUUGAAGUCAAACUUGGCUCACAGACGACACACCCUGCAUUCCCUAUGUCCAUGCUAGAGAUAUUCUGGGCUAAUGAUAGCUGUGGUAACAAAAUUAGCUUUCUACACUGAUUGAGAAAAUGAAAAUUGUCUUCUUCCUAUGCGUGCCAAAUUUUCAAUGCAUGACUUGCUAUGGGAAGGGGAACUUACUUAUAUCUGUGCAAGUAUUUUUUCCUCCUACAAAAACACAGUUGUUAUUCUUCUGUUUGAUAUUAUUUCAGAAUCAGGAUUCCAUAAUGCCUUUAAAAUGUUUUCAACUUCGAUUGUGUUAUAACAUUAUGAGGUUUUCCAUUCUGAUGUCAACAUUUAGGGAACAUUCAUACAUGUGUCAGAAAAGCCAUAUGUGUUCAUGCCAGAAGAUGUAUUGUUGUAUCUAUUUACUUUGGCAUAAGUUAUUUUAUAAUGGCAGAAAUGUAUUAUUACUAAUGAAAAUUUUGUUCAUUAUACGGUAUGACCAGUAUGUAGAUUGCCACCAUUUCAAUGAGGAAAAACAGCUACAAGAUAUCAUUCAUGUAUCUAUGCACAUGUAUUCACAUAUUCAUGUAUAGGAUAGAUAGCUGAAAUGGCAAUAUGCCUUGCCAGUGUCAGUUGAACUGGGAUACAAUAUAUGUACGAGUAGCAAUUGCCAAGCAACAAUUGUUGUCACACAACAAAGGCCUUGUAUGACAGGUGCCACGAUUUCUAUACGCAUGUAUAUGCAUAGAUGCUUUCCCUAUUGUAUGUGUUUUGUACAUACAUAAAGUACUAAUAAAUUAUUAGUAACAAGUU